AUGAAGAACAUUUUGAGGGCAGCAAAUGCGCAAGCCUCAGGCAUGCUAGAGGGAUUUGAACAGAAAUGUAAACAUCUUCAGGUCAGUCAAAACUCUAGUUCCUAAAGAAGGAAAAAUGGACCUCACGCUAAAGAUUAAGACCCUCCUCCGUUCGCUCCUAUGCUAGUGCCUAGGUAACCAAGCUUUAUAAACCUGACCCAAUCGUGAAGCCUUCGCAACAGCCUCUAAGAUUAAAACGCAAUUUAAAAACAACCGUUUGUUCAUUUCAGAUACCAUUCAAAACCAGAAUUGAACUCGGAUCACCGGGAGACGCCAUUUGUAAAGUGGCUAAAGACGAAAACGUCACCUGCAUUGUACUUGGAAAUCGGGGACUCGGUGCUUUCCGAAGGACCAUAUUAGGAAGUGUCAGCGAUCACGUGGUUCAUCAUUCACGGGUUCCGGUUUUACUUGUCCCCCCAAAAACACAUUUCUGAGGAUGAAACUUGUUCUCAGAUCCUUCUCGAACGAUUGAAAUCUAGCUUGAGAGGUCUGGUACCGAGAUUGUAAAAAACUUUGUUCGUUAAUUUAACUCAUUGUGCAGAUGUAGAAAGGCUGUUGAAAAGAUGUAUUUCUGAAAAAUAAUGGCUUAUUAGGAAAGGAAAAAAUAAACUUUAGGGGUGGAUAAUCACGAACCGAAGAGGAUAAAUAUUAAGUAACAUUCAAUUUUAAACAUGAAAAACUCAGGCUUAAAAAAUCCCGGAAAUGCCUACUAUAAGUUAGUUUGUCUAUCACCUCUCCGAAAGAGUGCGAUCUUAAUUUUGUAACAACUUAUUGAGGAUAUUAAAUUAGUACUCUACGGCAACUGAAUGUUCGUUAAUCGACAAAAAAAAACUGAAAGAGUUUUAACGAGGAUUUUUUUGCUGUCUUAUUAUCUAACAACGAAUCCGAAGAGAGAUUAUCGUUUUAAUCCUUUAUCUUCUAUGAGUGACCAAGAGAGAAUUUCUCCUUACGAUAUCAAUACAAUAUAAAGCAUAGAAGUGAUGAGAAUAAAGUAGAAUAUCAAUGAGGGAUUAUUAGUUGAUCCAAUACCAAAAUCUCCAAAUUAUAAGAAUUGUAUUUCAGACAGUAAGGAGAAUUACUAUUGAGAUCUUAGAAUUUUAAGGGUUAAUCUAUAGAGGUAAUUGUUGGUAAUUUGUGGGUAACUAAGUUUCUUUACGUCCCAUGUAAUCCAAAAAUGGGUUAAAAAAAACUUGUCUCGUUCACUCGCUGCCCUUCAUCAUCAAAGGACAUGUUUUGCUACAUAUCCUUUAUCGAUUCAGGAUUCUUAGACUCCUCAUUUGCGUAGUUCCUGUAAGACAAUACAGCCUAUUUCAAAGUUGAACUCUGAAAAUGUUUAAUACUUUUAUGUUGUCGUGAAUAACCUUAUAAACAUUAUUAUCUAAACUUUCUUCGCAUACUAAGUUGUUGUUUCGCUCAACUUUCGAUUUGCCCCUUAAGACAUAAACACUACCUCUUGGGAAGCCGAUGUUUUGUCUCGUCACGAAACAUUCCGUUGCGUGACGAACGUAUUACAUGACAUGACCAGACAACGGCUGUUAUUGAAUCGCCUUAAAUCGGUUCCGUUGCUAUUUCGUACUCUUUCCUUUGGUAAUAACGGGUUCUCCCGGGAAGCCCUUUUCGUAUAACCUCGUGGAAAAAAAUGAUUGGUAAGAAUUCAAAUAAAACUUACAUCAGGGUACACUCUCCCGCCAAAAAGCGAUUUUCAUCCUAUGAAUUUAAAAAAAUUUAAAUAUUUAACUUUCCUUUAAAAUAGUGCUUCGUAUAAUAGCAACGUAGUGUGCCGGGGUCGUUUGAAUUGGAACCAUUGAACUUAUCUUGAAAAUCCCUAAUUUCAGUUCCACUGUAAGAUAGCUGUUGCGCAAAACAAAAAAAUUAAAUCGAUUUUCAAUCAACCCAUGUUCAGCAUAAAUUUCACUUUCUGUUUCUUGUACCAGCUUGCUAAAGUAAAACAUUAUAUCAAUGUUUUUGUUAAUUAUUAAUCCCGUUGGAGUAUACUGUUUGGAUUUUCCAAAUAAGAGGAAGCAAUUGGGCUACGAAAUGAAAAUAUCUUGUUUUCAAUCUUGAUUCUCAUACAAACACGUUGCUAUCAUCGUUCACAAAGCAUCACUUUUCAAUAGGAGGAAACCGUCACAAAAAAUGCCAUCGACAUCCCCAAGAAACAUUUUAGUAGCAGUGGAUGGAAGCGUCUACAGCGAGAGAGCCUUUGCAUGUGAGUAAAAAAGGAUCGAAAUAUUUUUUAAAACUGCUGCCGAAAUCUAGCAAUCUUGAACCAAUGGGAUAAUUUUGGCAUGUGGUUGCAAUUCUGUGGGAUCAAAUUUUCGAAUUUAAAGCUGAUUUACAUUUUUACGUAGCUCUAAUUUCGUAGAUUUUUUCUCUCUAUGAUAAGCUUGUGGCAUGAUGUUUAACGCUGCCUUGUUGCAAAUUCCGCUCAACUGAUAUCAUUUUCUAGGCAGGUAAAAAGUGUUUGAUACGUUUACGGUACGUUUACGCGCAUGAAUGUAAGCUUUCCCCAGAAAGAACAUUCUCCAUGAGUUCUCGCUAUUCUGGAGAGCAAUCUAGCGGAGCUCUGCAACGCAAUCAGGCAUGUACAACUGCCGAUUUAAAGAACUGAUUCUACAUUGAAUUUUUUAUCAAAACAGGCCUUUGUAUUUUUAAAUAUUCUCGUCACGUUAUCGAAAGUUCCUGGUAUCAAAAACUACCUCAACUAGAAUAUUUUAGAGCUAGUCUUUUUUUCAGAAUAUAGAGUGAAUACCAAUCGUUGAAAGCCGAUAGAUUCAUCAAUCUUGUAAAAGCGACGAAAGUGAAGGCACGGUCAAGGCGUUAUCCUGAACAACUCAUUUGCUCAGGGAAAAAACUAACCGUAAAGAAAUCAGCUGUUUGAUUUGCCAGUUAUUAGCUGUAAGAUGUCCUUUUCAAACGGUGCUUUAUUUUUGUUGAAAGAAUAGAAAAAACGCAAUGUUUUGUUUUGUUUUACCACAAGCCUAGCGCGAAUUAGCAUUUUGGUAUCGGCCAUACGCCAGUUAAUUAUUGUUAUCAUUUCAAGGUAGCGAGCACCUGCUCCAAGCCGAUGCAGGUGUUCGUAAAGUAACCGGAGAGUGGUCGGGAAGACUUCGGCUUCUGACCUCGCACCAAAGCUUUAACGAAGCUUGGGAGAAGUUCCAAGGCUAAAAUGGAUCGGAAAAUUGGGAGGAGAGUUAGUGUUAGUUUGAAUAUAAGGAUUAUAAUGUUUCCGCCACAUAUGUUUCCAUUUAAUAUGUUUUUUUUUACUUGCAGGGUACGCUGAUAAAUUCCGACAGGAGAGAGAUCAGGUUGUGUUUGUUCAUGUUUACGAAUCCCCUAUGACUCCAGCACCAACAUUUGCAAGUAAGAAUGUGUUUAGCAAUCAUUUCUAUGCAGUACAGCUCCUAAGCAUUAUCAGACCUGACCGUGACGUCAUGAAAACAUAGAGAUUGGUAGCAAGAGCCUCUGAACCUUUUAGGCCAAAAAUGCAAUAUGGAGGUGUCAAUUGUUCUAAGUUCACUUUAGAUAGGGGUCAAAAUGCCACUGUCGUCUCAGGAAGGUAUUCAGUGUACUCAGUGGAUACUGAUCGAACUUCGAUUCUUACUGCUGGCCAAAACGAUCGCGGCCCUUGAAAGGGUAACGUAUUUUAUUAAAUUGGGAAUUUCCGUGUGCGACACGAACUUUCCCCAGGGUCACGCGGAGAUAGUAACGUUAUAUAAUGAAAUGACAGACAAAAUUUAGUCUGAUAGACGAUGCAGAAACAACAAGAGAAAAAAAGCUGCAGUAUUUGGAAAAAAGUGUAAUCAGUCAUAAAGAACCUUUUAUGUUACAGAUUGUAUGAGCAUUCCACCGCGAGAAGAAUGGGAACGAAUGUUGGAAAAAGCGGAACGACGGGCAGAAGAGAUGCUGAGCGGCUACGAGAAGAAAUGCAAAGAAAUGAAGGCAAGUAUUUCAUGGCCAUAUUACAUUCCUCAGCAUAACUCGGCAAAAAACGAAAAAGGAACGCUUUUUUUUUUUCUAUUUUCCAGCUUCCUUUCAAGACUCUCUUUGCUUAUGGAGCGAUUGGUCAUGUGAUCUGCUCAGUGGGAAAGGAAGAAAAAGCCGAAUGUAUAAUUUUAGGAAGUAGAGGACUGGGAACCAUCAGACGAACAAUCUUAGGGAGUGUCAGCGACUACGUCACUCAACACAUGACCAUACCAGUUUUACUAGUACCUGCUGAGGAAAGACGCUAACGCAAUAACCUGUGUCAGCGGUUACACACAUCCUCUUCACGACACGUUUCAGUCGAGAGUUAAAAUUUUUUUUCCUUCGUUUGUCUAAAAAGAAUUGCCAUAAAUACUUUUAUAAUAAUGUUAGAGAGGUUGAUACACAAGUUUAUUUUAUCCAUUAUAAUGAGAAUUCUUCAGGGUUGAUAAAAUAAAGAAUUUAAUUAAAGACAAAACAAAUAAAUUAACAAUCAGAUAUAUCUUUGAACGUUUUAUUAUGAAAGGCAAUAUAUGACCUUUUAAUACAUAUAAACACGUUACUCUCAAUAAUAAAAGAGUAAGAAAGCUUAAAAUAAAGUUAGUAUAAUUUCCUCACACAGUUUUGGGAAAAUUAUGAGGUAGUCACAAUAUAUAGAACCCAACGUUUUUUUAAAACUAGGAAUGCCUUGCAUUCUUGCAAAAGAAAGUAAAUUAAUUGACGACAGA